AGAAGCAAGGGCAAAAGUCAUAUGCACUUUUGCACCAAUGCUCACUUUUGGGGCAAUAACACAGAGUGCUAUAAUUUCCAGAGCACUUUCAUCCAUAUUUCCCUCGAGAUGGCUGAGAAGCCGCCGAAAAUUCAACAAGAUGGUACAAAACCUACUCCUAUGAAGCUUUUUGCAACAUGGGAAGUGGAGCGAACAACCCCAGUAUGUAUUGCCAGACAAUGCACACUGAAGCUAGCCCACUUGAAGGUGGUGCGAUCAGUGAGUUCAGAUCUUGGAUCCAUUUUGAUUGCUGUCAAAAUGCAGAGUGCCAAAAGGACUUUGAGAUCCAAUGAGAUUCCAUUACAGAGCAGUGGUCUCCUUGAUACUGAACUGGAAUUGACAUUUUCUCUGCAGUAUCCCCAUUUUCUGAAGGGGGAAGGAAACAAGUUGCAGAUAAUGCUGCAAAGGCGUAAGCGCUACAAGAAUCGCACCAUUCUGGGUUUCAAGACCCUUGCUGUUGGUGUCAUCAAUAUGUCACAGAUUCUGCAGAGAUCUGUUGAUAAAGAUUUAAUGCUGUACUCAGACCCAAAAGAACGUCAAAAUUUAGCAGCAGUGCUGAGUGUUGAAUCCCUGGUCAGCCAGCCUGUAGAUCAGGAGGACCUGCACAUUGUGAAGAAUAUGGACCUGCAUGACAGGUAUGAUUCAGAGGAAGAUGAAGAGUACAGCACAAAUGAUGAAUGUUCAGAUUCAGAACAUAUUCAGGACAGCACUAGCAAGCCACAGUCAUCAAAACACCUAGGUCCAAGCAUCAGGCAAAGGAACUUGAAGCAAAAGUUCAUGACCCUCUUAAAGAGGUUUAAGUUGUCUGAAGGUCUCCAAGAACUUGAUCAGGACCAGGAUAUGGAUCCCAAGUUUGAUGGUGAAGUAGGUGAGCUAGAUGAUCUUCUCCAGGAGCUUGAUGAGUAUGGAUCCGACUCAGAACCAGAGGUGGACACAAUGAGUAUCAAUUCAACUCCAAAGCCAUCCCUUCGUCCAUUUUUCUCCUCUUCGCAGAAUCUCCUUUGUGAUCAUUCUGUCCCCACCAUCAGAAAAGAGCAAGGUCAACUGUGAUGUGACAAAGGGGGUGUUAUUUGUAUGAAUAUGUCUAUAGGCAUAGUGCAUAGGAAUAUUUUUGUACCUGUGUAUGAAGGACUUGUUGGAGACCAAUGAUGGCUUGUGUGAGGUUGCGUUUGGUAAACAGUUUGUUGGUCACACCAUGCUUCUAAGAGUGGAAAAGGAAGUGGGUAAGCAUUGGUAGUUGCUGUACCCUUCAUGUUGAGCUGUUGACCACAGCAUCUUAAUAAAGGAUCUGGGAAAAAG